UACAAGUUUAAACGCAGCAUCGCUCUUGUUGUUUACAGGCGAAAAUUUCACCGCGAAUAAAUCCCGCGUCUUUGCAAUUGUGUUUUCACAUUUAAUUAUCCAUUUGCGUACACAGACCGUAAUAAUUAACUCGUUCGAAAAUAGAUUCAGUGAAAGAAAGUGAAAGAUCCAUGCCGAACACUCGUGGCAGUAUAUAAUUUUCUCCAAAAUGACUGAACAAGAGAAAAUGGAGGUGAUAAACAUUGACUCUGACGACGAAGAGAAGAAAAAAAUGAAAGGCCAGAAGACGUCGAAGAAGCUCAUCUGCAUUAAUCUGAAGUGUGAGUCGGGUGUGAAUCUCAAGACAGCCUCGUCGUUCGCUUGCAGUUAUUACGGUUUAAAUCUAGCCAAGAAGAAGAAGAGAUAUAUCUGUGAUAAGUGUCAUGUUGCUGCAAUCGAGCACCAGGAGAUGCUGGCAGAGGCCUUCUUCAAGCGAGAGCCACUGCUCAAGUGCGAAUUGCCUGAUAAUACAAUGCAAAUAGAUCUGUCCGAUAGUGACUCCGACGGAGAUGCUGUUACAGAGCCAGACGAGGAGGAGUAUCUCCCGGAAGAUGUUCUGUUGGACAUGGAGACCAAGAUCGAGGGGGCCCUGGCUAAUGUCCUGCAGAAGUACGAUGUGGACUAUCAGCUGACUGAAUCUCAGAAAAUCUUGGAGGCGCAGUUCGACGAGAUUGAUCGAUCCAACGAUGAGUCUGAUAAGGACAUCAAACGGAUGAUCACUAAAAUGGAUACGAUAAGGAAUAGUCUUUAUGAUGCCUUUAGGCCAGAUAUAAAAAUGCUGGCAGAUUUGUCCAUCGAUGAUGGGCCAUCCAUGGUGCCCUCUCCAAUUCCUUCACCCACCAGGGUUUCACAACGUCCAGAACCCCCUGGCCAUCCUACCGUUGCCACCAAAAAAGUAACACAAGUUAGAAUACCACCACCAAUUCCACCGAAGAGUCAAGACAAUCAGGUGGAGAUCAUGCCAGUUAUUGAGAAAAUUGAUAGACAACAUAUUGGGUAUGGACUUCCUGCUCAUGGCAAACUCAUUCUGCGACCUGCUGAGGUCGAUAACAUUGUUCUUGUGAUGAAGCAUCCGCUUAUGCCCUGGAUCAAGGCCAAGGUUCAUGCUAUCAUAACUUAUCAACCCAUGAGCUAUCGUGUCAAGUUUCUUCCGAAAAAAUACAACAACUCCUUAAGAACAGUGUACGGCCGACAAUUGGCUAUUUAUGCACCAGCUUCAGUGAUUAUUCCAGUUGCAACGAGGGUCGUUGCUAUCUUCAACGAUGUUAAUUCGAGUAACUAUUAUAGUGGGGUCAUUGCUGAGCCACCAAAAACAACAAACAAACACAGAUACCUGGUCUUCUUCGACGACGGUUACGCCCAGUACGUGGCUCACAAGCACAUAUUCGUAGUGAGCGAGAGUUCUCAACGUGUCUGGGAAGACAUACCAAUAGAAUCCCGUGAUUUCGUGAAGAAAUACAUCGAAGGUUAUCCCGAACGUCCAAUGGUGAAGCUGCAACCAGGUCAGGUUGUAAAAACCGAGUGGAAUGGUAAAUGGUGGGUGGCAAGAGUAGCCCAAGUGGAUGCCUCACUGGUGCAGAUGUCAUUUGACGCUGAUAAUCGCACCGAAUGGAUCUACCGUGGCUCCACAAGACUGGGCCCGCUGUACCUGGAGCUUCUGAAAGCAAAUGCACGUCAGCAGGGCCACCACAUGCCAGUGAAUACCCCUGGUCGCCACAGAAUAGCCCCAGGUGGUAAGGCCAAUAUUCCGUACGUAGAGUACACCUCAGGGACAGUUGAACCAGACCUGGAGACUGUCAAAGACCCCCCAGCAGCAUCACCAAAACCUCCACCCCAGUCUCGAGCAGUGGCUCGUAAGAGUACCGCUAAGAAAUCAAAUAUUGAGCCGACGUAUAUUCCAGCAGCGGAAGCCAAAUCAGCGUACAGCAUCGCCUUCUACGCCCUUCCCAACUCCAUCAAGGUCAAACAAUAUGUGCCACACGAGUGUAAUGCCAGUUGUAUUCAACUCAAGGACUUUAAAGUAGACGAUCUCAAGGGAUACUCACCCCUGUCGAUUCCCCUGCUGUGUGGCUGGAACAGACAGAUCUGCAGAUACCCUAAGGGCAAGAAAGUGGUUAUGUAUCAGACACCCUGCGGAGUACGACUAAGGUCCAUCGAGGAGGUUCACCAGUAUCUCAGGAAAACAAAGUCCACCAUAUCAGUGGAUCUCUUCGAGUUUGACAGCUGGGUCCACUGUCUGGCUGAAUUUAUCCUCGACAAGUGCUUCGUCAAUAUCAUGGAUCUCAGUUAUGGCGCUGAGAAUGUUCCCAUUCCCUGUGUCAAUGAACAAGAUCAUGCUCUUCCUGAUCAAAUCACUUAUAGCACAAUUAGAGAGCCCACUGAAGGGGUGAAUUUAAAUUUGGAUCCAGAAUUUUUGUGCAGCUGUGACUGCGAGGAUGAUUGUCAGGAUAAGGAGAAGUGCCAAUGCUGGCAGCUGACGAUCCAGGGGGCGCAGGCCACGCUUGGGGGUAGAGUGCCUGCUAAUAAUGUUGGCUAUCACUACAAACGUCUCCCAGAGCCUGUCACCACUGGUAUUUACGAGUGCAAUUCAAGGUGCAAAUGCUCGGUGAAAACAUGUCUCAACAGGGUUGUUCAGCAUCCUCUGACUCUGAAGCUUCAGGUAUUCAAGACACAGAGGAGAGGAUGGGGGAUCAGGUGUCUCAAUGACAUACCAGUGGGUUCAUUUAUAUGUAUCUAUGCAGGAAGAUUACUCACUGAACAGGGGGCUAAUGAAGGGGGUAAGAACUAUGGAGAUGAGUAUCUUGCUGAGUUGGAUUAUGUGGAGGUUGUGGAGAAUAUCAAGGAAGGAUUUGAGGCUGAUGUUCUCGAUCCUGACAUAUCCAUUGACUCGCCAUCACCCAAGGAGCGGGGUCAGGAGGACGAGAGGAGCUCCAGGAGGAGGACAGGCCCUGAUGGUGAUGCCGAUUUCGAUCCCAGGCAGUACACUGAGUAUUCCAAGCUCGACUCUGAGGGCGAUGACUCCAUGAAGAAGAGACUGAGAAAGAGGAAGAAGAGUGAUGAAAUUGUUAUUCAGGAUGUCGAGGACAAGAGUGAGGAUGGGAGCAUUGGAAAGAGUGAGGAUGGAUCUGUUGGGAAGAGCUCCACUGAUAAUAAUCAGGAUGGAAGUGAUGAAGAGGUCAAGGGCAAUGGGCGGCGGGAGCUUAUCAGAUUUGAACCGACUGUUGAGCCCACCAUUGAGAGACCCAAGUUCAAGUCUGUGAGGGACUUCUUCGGGGAGGAUGAGGCUGUCUAUAUCAUGGAUGCUAAAACCACUGGCAAUAUUGGAAGAUAUCUCAAUCACUCUUGUGAUCCCAAUGUCUUUGUCCAGAAUGUCUUUGUCGAUACUCAUGAUGUGAGGUUCCCCUGGGUCGCCUUUUUCGCACUUACUUUCAUCGGGGCUGGGCGUGAGUUGACUUGGAACUACAGCUAUGAUGUUGGCAGCAUCCCUGGGAAGAUCAUAAUCUGCAAAUGUGGAGCUUCCAACUGUAGAGGACGACUACUGUAAACCGUCCUGGGCUCUUGGAGGCUUGUUUUAGGUUUUAUUGAAUAAGAUUCUAUCAUUUGUGUCCAUUAUUUUUUUUUUUUGUAAUUUCAGAGAGGGGAAAUAUAGAAUUCCAAGACCUGUA